UUCAAACAAAAAUUAUGAAAUAAAUAAAUUUUAAUUAAAUUCCCGUAAAAUAAGUCAUAGAACAUGAACACUUAAAUAUUUGCACCAUAUUUAUAAUGUCAUACAUUUUAUUAACAAAUCAAUCAUAAUGGCAACUAAGGUUAUAGCUACAGCAACUGUGAAAGCAAUCAAAGGAAGAAAAUUAAUACCUACAAGGGCUGCUUUGUCUUUAACUCCUGCUGCAGUUAGUAGAAUAAAAGAAUUAUUACAAGGAAAAUCUGAAUAUAUAGGCUUAAAAGUUGGUGUUAGACAAAGAGGCUGUAACGGGCUCUCAUACACAUUAGACUAUGCAGUUUCUAAAGAAAAAAUGGACGAAGAAGUUGUGCAGGAUGGAGUUAGAGUAAUAAUAGAUAAAAAAGCACAACUGUCUUUAUUAGGAACAGAAAUGGACUAUGUGCGAACAAAGUUAUCCUCAGAAUUUGUAUUUAAUAAUCCAAAUAUUAAAGGUACCUGUGGAUGCGGUGAGUCCUUCAAUAUAUAAAGAAAUUUGGAAAUGAUAGUUGAAGCAGAUUAUGUAGCACACUAAUAGGAAUUCAAA